AUGUCAGCAGUUGUGGAUGACGAGAACCCACCAACAACAAAAUAUGCCUUUGGGGUAUUCAAAGAUCCGGAUCCAGGCUUUACUCAGACUGUUAUUUCUGUGGGGGCCAAUUUUAUAAUGAGUAAUAUGUUAUUGUAUGGAUUAACAGGACGAGGAAAACUUUCUUAUUUGAUAAGUAUGGCUACCAUACCUUGUUCGGUUUUCCUGUGUGUACGCGAUUCCCAGAAAGAUUACGAUAAAUGGAAGGAGCUUAGAGUUAUGCGUUUGAAAGGUGUUCCAGAAAGAUUUUUACCAUACAAGUGCAAAUAUGAUUGGACCGAUUUCGAUAAAAAGAAGAAUCAGAAGGACCUGGAAAAAUUAGAAAAAUAA